UAUACGCGUAUUUUCGUUUUACGGACAGAGAACUGCACUAAUGUGACCCGUGUGCCGUGCAGCUGUGCAGGGCCUGCUGUUGCUGCUGCUUGUGCUGUCCCGUGGGGGAGAUGCGCAGGAGAUGCGCGUCGAGUCCGGACAGACGCUGGCUGAGUGCCGCGACACGCACGGCCACCUGCCUGGCGGUGCACUCAGCUACGGCUACACCAAAGCGCUGCUGGGGCGCCUUGAAGCUUGCAUUCUCUUCAACCGACGGUUCAUGGCAGAGAAUCUGCCUAUUGAACUGUCGGCCCUGACGGUGCCGCCCAAGAUCCAGGUGCCACCAUCUAGUGAACUAAAGCGGCUGACCGAGGAGCAGGCAUUUCUGCGCAUCUACCAGCUGCUGGUAGCGUACACCACGUUUGCCCAGCACAUGGCCAAUACAAGCCACGGUAUGGCGAGCUGCAGCGGCCAUGCCAUCGCGGCGACCAGCAAGCGCAGCGCCGCGGGCGCCGCCACGGCCCUCCAGGUGGCGACCAACAGCCAACGGAACGCUGACCAACUGCAGGAGCUCCGCUGCGACGUGCGACUGUCUAGCGCGGCGCACGGCAGCCAGGCGCAGUUCGCGGCCGCUGAUGCCAGCGCAGUGGGUCUCAUCCUGGACACGUACGCGGACUGCUCUAAACGCCUGCUGGCCCACUACAGCGUGGCGGUGGGUGUGCAGCAGCUGCUGCACUCAGUGCGCGCGUACCUGCUGCACUUGGUGCGCCUCAAGAGCCCCUACCCGGGAGGCGACAACGCCGAGCCCCCCGAGGUCUUUGAGCAGGCCUCGUACUGAGCCCCAGUCCCGCUUCGCUUCGGUCCCUCGCAAGCAAGCUGACUGGCCAAAGAGGCGGCCACCUCUGUCUAACAAGAGUCGCCAAGAAAAAAAAAAAAAGAAGAGAGAAAGUCUGGUACAACCACUAAUACAUGCCAAAUGCACGGCUAUGAUCAAGUGGAGUGCGCCAAAUGAACGCUACAGUCAGAUGGAAAAGGACCUUCCUGCUUCGGAGAGCCCCUUUAUAACUCAAUAAAACACGAUCGACUUCGGCUUGUGUU